AGGGAGUAAGAGUUAGGCGUCGAUAGAGCAUUAAUUCGGUCGUUUCAGGGCUUCUAUAGCCGGCCCGGUGACGACAUCCUCUGGAUACACUCGCAAGGCCCACUAGCUAGCGAGCCCCCUUCGUUCCUCUGAUCCUCUCCGCUUCACGCCGUGCUCGAGCCGAGCGAUCGAUCGAUCCACCCGCACCGUGCACCCGGCCGGAAUGGAGGUGGCGGCGGCGGGAGGUGGUGCCCGCCGCCGCUCCCGCCGCCGCGCGGAGCAGCCCCCGCCGCCGUGCAGGCCAACCAACGACGACGACGCCGCGGCCAGCAAGCUGUCAUGUGUUAAUAAAGGAUACAUGAAGGAUGAUUAUGUGCAUUGUUAGGCAAAUAACAAAAGGGGCUCCAAUAAUAAAUUGAGUUCCUCAGUGCUGGAAAUGUCAGGAUGGUCAAAAGAGGAAACAGAAACUUGGUGCUGCUUUGAUACGACAUUCUUCCAGUUGCAGAAAAAGACAGAGCCCACGCACGACGUGGAUAUAGGGACAGCUUGACUUCAUGAGUAGACUUUGAUUGCCUGAGUCUUUAGGUUGGGGUUCAAGGUCUGGAAGAGAAUUACACAUGACUUUAACCCCGUCUUUGGCUCUUCUCUUCUUAUAUCUACUCUGGCCUUCAUGGAAACUUGACUAAUCAAUACCCUAGCAACUUCUGUGAUAACUAAUCAGAAGCUAACUUGACAGUGCUAGUCACAGGCUCUACUGGAUGUCCGUGAUGAGAGGAAGGAUGCAAGGGGUGUGGCUUGCAGCAUUAAUCUCCCUCCUUUGCCACUCUAUCGCAAACGCAGGGAAGGAAGCCGCUGCUGCUGUGUGCAUCACCAGCGAGAGGGAUGCUCUGCUUGCCUUCAAAGCAGGCCUUUGUGCUGACUCCGCUGGUGAGCUGCCUUCCUGGCAAGGCCACGACUGCUGCUCAUGGGGUAGCGUGUCCUGCAACAAGAGGACUGGCCAUGUCAUCGGCCUUGACAUCGGCCAGUAUGCUCUUAGCUUCACAGGUGAAAUCAACUCAUCUUUGGCUGCUUUGACUCAUCUACGGUACCUUAACCUGAGUGGAAACGACUUCGGUGGUGUGGCCAUCCCAGACUUCAUAGGCUCCUUCAGCAAGUUGAGGCAUCUUGAUCUCUCCCAUGCUGGUUUUGCCGGGUUGGUUCCUCCUCAACUUGGCAAUCUGUCAAUGCUCAGCCACCUUGCUUUGAACUCCUCUACGAUCAGAAUGGAUAAUUUCCAUUGGGUUUCUCGCCUCCGUGCCCUCAGGUACUUGGACCUCGGCAGGUUGUAUCUUGUUGCAUGUUCAGAUUGGUUGCAGGCAAUCAGUAGUCUCCCUUUGCUUCAAGUGCUUCGCUUGAAUGAUGCAUUUCUCCCUGCCACCAGUUUGAAUUCAGUUUCUUAUGUCAAUUUCACGGCCCUCACAGUGCUUGAUCUUAGUAACAAUGAGCUGAAUUCUACUUUACCAAGGUGGAUCUGGAGCCUGCAUUCUCUUUCUUACUUGGACUUGUCUAGUUGUCAGCUUUCUGGAUCGGUUCCUGAUAACAUAGGGAACUUGUCCUCCCUGAGUUUUCUUCAGUUGCUGGAUAACCACCUGGAAGGAGAGAUACCGCAACACAUGAGUAGAUUGUGCAGCCUGAAUAUCAUCGACAUGUCUAGAAAUAAUUUAUCAGGGAAUAUUACAGCAGAAAAGAAUCUGUUUUCCUGCAUGAAGGAGCUGCAAGUUCUCAAAGUUGGCUUCAAUAAUCUAACUGGAAAUCUAUCUGGUUGGCUUGAGCACUUGACAGGUUUAACUACUCUUGAUCUCAGCAAGAACUCUUUCACUGGACAAAUACCAGAAGAUAUUGGCAAGUUAUCACAAUUGAUUUACCUGGAUCUUUCAUACAAUGCAUUUGGGGGUAGACUGUCUGAAGUCCAUCUUGGCAAUCUAUCUAGGUUGGAUUUCCUGAGUUUAGCAUCAAAUAAACUGAAAAUAGUAAUUGAACCCAACUGGAUGCCAACUUUUCAACUCACAGGUCUAGGACUACAUGGUUGCCAUGUAGGACCCCACAUCCCUGCCUGGCUGCGAUCACAAACCAAAAUUAAGAUGAUUGAUCUAGGAAGCACAAAAAUCACAGGUACAUUACCUGAUUGGCUCUGGAACUUCUCUUCAUCAAUCACUACCUUGGAUAUCUCAAGUAACAGCAUCACUGGCCACUUGCCAACAAGCUUGGUGCAUAUGAAAAUGUUGAGUACUUUCAAUAUGAGAUCAAAUGUACUUGAAGGAGGCAUUCCUGGUUUACCAGCUAGUGUUAAAGUGCUGGAUCUAUCCAAAAACUUCUUGUCUGGAUCCUUACCACAAAGCUUAGGAGCCAAGUACGCUUAUUACAUCAAGCUCUCAGAUAAUCAACUGAAUGGAACUAUCCCAGCAUAUCUUUGCGAGAUGGAUUCGAUGGAAUUAGUUGACCUCUCAAACAACUUAUUUUCAGGUGUUCUACCAGAUUGUUGGAAGAAUUCCUCAAGACUGCAUACCAUUGACUUUUCGAAUAAUAAUCUUCAUGGAGAAAUACCUUCAACCAUGGGUUUCAUAACCUCCCUUGCAAUAUUAUCUCUUAGAGAGAACAGUUUAUCUGGCACAUUACCCUCCUCAUUGCAGUCAUGUAAUGGAUUGAUCAUUCUCGAUCUCGGAUCUAAUAGUUUAUCAGGAAGCUUACCAUCAUGGCUGGGUGAUAGUCUGGGCUCUCUGAUUACUCUAUCUUUACGCUCAAAUCAAUUUUCUGGUGAAAUACCUGAGUCACUGCCCCAACUUCAUGCCCUGCAAAAUUUAGAUCUUGCUUCUAACAAAUUAUCUGGUCCUGUACCACAAUUUCUAGGAAAUUUAACAUCCAUGUGCGUUGAUCAUGGAUAUGCUGUCAUGAUUCCUUCCGCCAAAUUUGCUACAGUUUAUACUGAUGGACGUACAUAUUUGGCCAUACACGUAUACACUGAUAAACUUGAGAGUUACAGCUCAACGUACGAUUACCCGCUAAACUUUAUUGAUCUAUCAAGAAAUCAAUUUACAGGAGAAAUCCCCAGAGAAAUAGGAGCAAUAUCUUUUUUGCUUGCCUUGAAUCUAUCAGGAAAUCACAUACUUGGGAGUAUUCCUGACGAAAUUGGGAACCUCAGUCAUUUAGAGGCACUUGAUCUCUCGUCGAAUGAUUUGUCAGGAUCAAUUCCUCCGAGCAUCACAGAUUUGAUUAAUCUAUCGGUUCUGAAUUUGUCCUACAAUGAUCUGUCAGGAGUGAUACCAUGUAGCUCUCAGUUUUCAACUUUCACAGAUGAACCAUAUCUAGGCAAUGCAGAUCUUUGUGGAAAUUGUGGUGCCUCGCUAUCAAGAAUAUGCUCGCAACAUACUACUACUAGAAAACAUCAGAAUAUGAUUGACAGGGGGACAUACUUAUGCACUCUGCUAGGGUUUGCAUAUGGAUUAUCUGUCGUUUCUGCCAUCCUCAUAUUCAGCAGAACUGCAAGAAAUGCCUACUUCCAGUUCACUGACAAGACAUUGGAUGAGUUCCGUGCUAUAGUUCAGAUAAAACUCAACAGGAUCAAAGCAGGAAGACGCCAAUCCAUGGAAAUUUAUCGUCUUGGCAGCCAGAACUCAAUCACCUGCUACGAAUUGGAAUUUGGAUAUACUACGGAAGGUAACUAGUUUAUGUUCUUGUAUAACUUGUAUGGUACUCCCUCCGUCCCAAAAAAAGAUAAACCCUGGUUUCCGUACCCAAUGUUUGACCGUCCGUCUUAUUUAAACAAAUUAUGAAAAAAAUUAAAAAGACAAGUUACGCACAAAGUAUUAAUCAUGUUUUAUCAUCUAACAACAAUAAAAAUACGAAUUAUAAAAAAGUUUCAUAUAAGACGGACAGUCAAAGUUAGACACGCAAUUCCAGGGUUUGUCUUUGACGGAGGGAGUAGGUCUGUAGACUGCUGGUUCAGAUAGGAGAUCCAAGUUUAGGUAAUUCUGGACAUCUGGACAUCUGGUAAUUCUGGACAGCUGGGUUCUGGUUCAGAUACAACCAAUGUAGUUCCUUGUUGUAUACAAGAUGCAUGCAUCACUACGUCAGUGUAUCUUUGCCAUGUUUUAAUAUAGUGCAUCCAGAGUUUUUUUUUUUC